CGGCUGAUAAGAGGCCUCCUGCCUCAGUGGCGAGCGCGUCGUCGCGACGUACGGCACGCAACGUUCGCUCGGUUCCUUGAAACUCGAAGCCUAAAAUAACCGCAAUCUCCUGUGAUUUCUGUGACGCAAUCGCGUGACAGCGGGAUCCUUUUCUCCGCUUAAUUCGCUUAAAUUUAUCUCGUCAAGAUUAUUACCCGGCUUCGAAUUCCCGGUUCCUCUUCCGUUUUCGUGAAAAUUGAGUGACGUAAGAGUUGUGGUUGUGCAAUUGGCUUGUUUGCAGUGUAUCGUGGCAUUAUAUAUCAUUAUUUAUCGUACGUUGCGAUUAUCGUCCCGUUGCGAUAACAAACUGUUAAUUAAACUUUAAUCGAGAGUUUUAAAUCUGGCUCUUCAGACAACUAUCGCGAAUACGCGAAGUAAUGGUAUCUGCCAGAUAUCUUUAUUGAAAUUACUCAAUAAAAAGAUCGACGUUUGAAUUAAAAAAUCUGAAAAUGUCAACGAGAUAAAAAGAGUUGGAGUUGUCGGCACAAACGUUGGUUAAGAUUAAUCGUGCGGUUCGUCAACAGGUUUUCGUCCUUGUAUACGUACUUUUGCAUAAUAAUACAUUAAAACGUCACUUACAGUCCUGUUUUUAUUUAGCAUUUUGUUUAAUAGUGCAUUUAAUUCGAAAUUAAUUUCCGUAUCAGAGAAAAUCACUCGAGAAAUUUUAUGGAAGCACUUGUUGACACGCUCGCUUUACAUUAAUGUGCUUUAAUAUCGAUUGUGUUGUUUAACGAUAUUUGUGCUAAUCAAUAUUGAAUUACUAUUGAUAUCCUGAAUUUGUAUUGACGCUGAUCGCGGUAUAACCAUUUUAGCCAUGAUAUCAUUCAAUUAUCACAAUUAUAUUCAUUUACGCGAUACAAGUCAUUUAUUCGCGAAAUGUAAUUAAUUUUAGGAGCCGGCGAUCAAUUAACAAAUGUAGACGCGAGAUACAUUUUAACGUUCGGAUGGGAGCCGUGAUUUGAUUAAAGUGCACGGGCCGGACUGGGAAUCCCGAAAGCGCGAGAGAAAACGCUAUUUAUUACAUUUUCGAUAUUUUCGCAGAUGAAAAUGUAGACUGAAGGCUUUUAUGUCGAUUAAUUUUCCACGCCGCCUGGGCUUUCGGUAUAUCGAGAAAUCGCGCAAGUUUGCUCCGCAAGUGUAGUUAAGCGCCGGCGGUCGAGCGCGGUCGUACGCUGAUUAAUCGAGAGAUGAUCGCGCACGAUCGCGGAACGAUUCACCAAGCUCGCGGCGAUCGUGCGGUGUCCGUCGGUGAGCGUCGAGAGUGAAGUGCUUGCGUUAAUCGGGAGGUGGUGGGUCCGCGAAGAAUAUCCUAAAAAAUAGGCGGCGCGGUUCUGCUUGAGAUGGACUCGGUGGCGGUGACGGUGCCGCUUCGUCAGCCGACGAAGAAGAUGAAGAAGCGGAAGGAGCUCGACGCCCUGGCACCGGCCCACGCUAUCUCCCGCCGGAGUUCCGGGAAACGCAGCUCGCAGGAACUGUUGACGGACAGCAGCGACGAUCGUUCGGAAUACUGGAAUGUCUCCACCAGAAACGGACGGAAGUGCAGGGGCAGGAGGGGACGCGCUUGUCCCGGAUUCCUCAAGGCUUGUAACGCCUUUUUGGCGUGUGCCUCCGUAUUAGCCACCGCCAGUCUGAUAUGGCUGUUCAUCGACGUCCGUCAACAGCUUACCGCUCUGCGAACCGAGUUAGACCAAGUGAUAGCGGGCAGCGAGGGUGUCCCGGACGCUCUGCAGAAAUGCCACUCGUUAUCGAGAGAUCUCCAGAACAACCAAACGAUAAUUUUCUCCAGGCUGUCCGAUCUCAAGCAGCAGAUAAAUAAUUUUACGGUACAGCUGGCGCAUAUUCAGCAGGACUUGCAUAAGGUACAGGAGUACUUUCAGGCCGCGCCCGAGAUGGCCAAUUUGCCGAAACGCUUGGACGAGCUGUCAACCAGCGUUGCGACAUUUGGCAGUCAAAUAAGGGAUCUCGGGGCCACGGUGAAUACCCUGAAGGAGACGAACUUGAGGGUACAGGUAGCACAGACCACUAUGCAACAAAACAUCAGCAGUAUUAAGCACACUGUGCUGGAAUUGUCGAAUAUUACUCAAAAGCCUCAAAUACUGAGCACCGACGAGACGCAAGUUAAGACUGACAAACUAAACCUCACGCUGUCGCAUUUAAUGAAUAAUUUAACGCAUGUUAAUGAGACCUUGUCGAGCAAAUUGCAGUGGGUCGCCGAUGAUCAGGACAAGGAUCGCAGAAAGUUGGUUUCGCUUCAAGAGGCAACAGCGGCCAUUAACACGACGAUGAUGUCUUUGCAAGGGGAGUGCGUUAAAAUGUCCGAGCAGGCUUCCGUUCUAGCAUCGAUUCGGCAACUAAACGAGAAGAUGACGGAGAUACGCACAACCGACGUGGAACUGAUCGGCAAGCUCAAGCAAUUGGAACAAUCGUACAGCGGACUGAAGAACUCCAGCAGCAUCAUGUUCGCGACUGUGGCCGAGAUGCAGAAUCAGCAGCAGGUCACUAAGCUCAAGCUACCGGAACCGUUAAGCGGCGACGUGACGACGGAGACGGAUCGCGGUGCGACAGAUGUAGGCGACAUUGCUCAGAGAAAGAACGACCGAAUGUGGCGAAAGCGAUUUCAGCGAGGAGCAAACGAACCCGCGGAAGGAACUCGCGCUUGAGAAGAGACUUUCACGAGUGGCUGAAAGUCGCGAUCCGAGAAGCUGUGCAUUUGUAAAUACUAAUAAAUUAAGUACACGUUACGCAUGUACAUAGGAAGAUACUAUUUAUGACGUCGCCAUCCGCGUCCGCGGUGGACGCCAGUGAUCCACCGCGGAACUGACGUGCGAUUCGCGCUGAGAGGCGACUUACCGCGAGCGUGCCGUGUACGGCCUGAAGGAAAAGCUACUUACGCCGAGCAAUAAACUUAAAAAAAAAAGCGAUAUAAAGUAAAUUGUUAGCGAAACGAACGUUUCUGUAUUCGACCUAGAUUAGACUCGUCAAUUUCCUAAUAACACUAAACGCGCGCGCCAUAGCGAGAAGGAUAUUUCAGAAAUAUACUUAUGGAAAGUACAAAAACAAAAAAAAACUCGACAGCCGUCUGGAGAACGCAUUCUCGGUUGUACAACCGUCUUUAGGAGAACGUUUAUAUUUAAGUAACCUGGCAGCGUAUAUCGAAGAAGUUUUGUACUCUUCUACAUUUUUGUAGCGUGACGACACGCUAUUGUACAUUUCUCCGGGGUUUCUCCGACGAGAAUGAAAACAAUAGAGUUCUUUAGCUCGCAGGGAAAACCAGUGUAUACAUACACGUGAUUUCAGGAUGUAAUAUGUAAAUACAAACACCACAAUAUAUUAAUUUAACGAAUAACAGUGUGAUAAAAAUGCUAGAGAGGCAUAUACCGCACAUUCUAAUUGCAGAGUUAAUCGAGUUUGGUUUGCGCGAUUCUCGACAAACCGAGACACCGGCGGGUGUCUAUACGUUUAUGACUUUUAGUUUAGCAAACACCGUGCAGUCGAAUGUACAGUUAAAUAUGUGAUGGUUAAAGACGGUUAGAUCUUUCUGCGGCAACAACAAAAAAAUAACUUUCACCGGUUGCGGAUAGUGUAUUGUAGUAGCUUGAUCAAAUUUUUUUAAGACAAAGAACGAGCGUUAUUUUUGUAUGCAUCGACGGGUGACGUUUGCGAGAAGGGAAGACAAACCGAAGUAGCGAGCUUAACCGAAAGGCUCGCCGCGUCUCGGCUCUUAUGGUACACGCGAAAUGAAUUGUUUUUCAUCGAAAACCCUUACGUAAGACUGUAGGCAGCGAGUGUAGUACAGCGAGAAUUAGGCGGUAUUCGCAUGUAAUUAUUUCGCAUGUACGGUAUGAAGUAGAAAAAUCUAGAGCGUGUCCCGACAUUCGCGGCGAAUACAGCGAGAUGAACGAAGACCAAUCUUUUGAAAUAUAGUCUUGGCUAUGUGCACUCCGUUUGUGUGAGAAACUUAGGAAGAUAAUUACGUGCGAGUACGCGAUAUAAAUCGGCUACAACAAUACCGAAGUGAAUUAAUAAAAAGAGGAAGGAAGCUA